AAGGCCCGAGCGUCGUGCGCUUGCGCAGUUAAGCCCGCGCCGGGCGCCCCAGCUGUCUGCACCCUAAACUCAGACCCUCCAGCAUCUUCUUGGUCAGGCGAAGCCCACGACGUUGACAUGCCGGAGAUCCGCCUCCGCCAUGUGGUGUCCUGCAGUAGCCAGGACUCGACCUACUGUGCAGAAAACCUUCUCAAGGCAGACACUUACCGAAAAUGGCGGGCAGCCAAGGCGGGCGAGAAGACCAUCUCUGUGGUGCUCCAGUUAGAGAAGGAGGAGCAGAUACACAGCGUGGACAUCGGGAACGACGGCUCGGCCUUCGUGGAGGUGCUGGUGGGCAGCUCAGCCGGAGGGGCCGGGGAGCAGGACUACGAGGUCCUUCUGGUCACCUCGUCUUUCAUGUCCCCUUCCGAGAGUCGCAGUGGCUCAAAUUCCAACCGCGUUCGCAUUUUUGGGCCCGACAAGUUGGUCCGGGCAGCAGCAGAGAAGCGCUGGGACCGCGUCAAAAUUGUCUGCAGCCAGCCCUACAGCAAGGAUGCCCCCUAUGGCCUGAGUUUUGUAAGGUUUCACAGCCCCCCAGACAAAGAGGAGGCCGAGGUCUCAUCCCAGAAAGUGACCAAGCUCGGCCAGUUCCGCGUGAAGGAGGAGGAUGAGAGCGCCAGCUCCCUGAGACCCGGGGCUCUCUUCUUCAGCCGGAUCAACAAGACCCCCCCAGUCGCAGCCAGUGACCCAGCAGGACCCAGCUAUGCAGCUGCUACACUGCAGGCCUCCAGUGCCGCCUCCUCGGCCUCUCCGGCCUCCAAGACAGUAGGCAGCACCUCCAAGGAGUCCCCCAGAGGCAAGAGGAAGCUGGAUUUGAGCCACGAAGAAAAGAAGACCCCCAGCAAACUGUCCGCCCAGCCCUCACCACCCGCCCUCAAGAGACCCAAAUGUAUCCCCGAGAGACACAGAGAAUGCCACAGUGAGCAAGGGACCCACGGAGCAGCUGGGCAGGUGUUCCAGACCGUGGGAAUGUGCCACAAUGAGGCAAAGGCAGAAACCACAGUGCCUGGAAUGUUCUAGGCUGCCAGCUCCAAGUAGAGGAGAAGCCACAGGUCAGAGAACGCUUCAAUGCCAAAAACAGAAAGGGAGGACCUGAGAGGCCAUCCAGCAGAAUCUCUGUUAUGUUAGAUGGGGAAAGCAAAGCCCAGAGAGGGCAGGCUCUAGGCCCAACAGCACACAGCAAGGCCCCUGCCUGUUCUUAUUUCCUGCCCCCGCCCAUCCCCCAAUCAACCUGAUCUUCCUUCUGAUGUUUGAGUGGGCCACCUGGGAUCCUGCCUCAGGACCUUUGCACUUUCUGUUAUUUCUGCCUAGAACGCUCUGCUCCCCGAUCUUCCCACGACUGGCUCCUUCUUGUCAAUCAGGUCUCAGCUCAAGUGUCCCCUCAGAGAAGCCUUCCCUGACCUCUGUAACUGAAGUAGCUCACACCCCCACCCCUAUUAUUCAUCUUGGCGGGUUAUUUUUCCUUGUAGCAAUUAUUACUGUAGAAGAUGACCUUAUUUAUUUAUUUACCUAUUUAUUGGUUAUUAUCCCCAUACGUGUCCUGUUCUCUGCUGUACCCCCAGCACCUAGAACAGUGCUUGACACACACAAGGUGCUUAGUAAAUAGUUAAUUCAUUAAUCAGUGGCAGAACUAGGGCUGGAAUUUAGGUCAUCAGCCUCUUGCCACAAGACAGGGAAAAGGUGUGAGAUGGGGGGAGAAACAAGUACCUCAUGGGAGAGGAAGCUCCUGUCUGAGGUCAGGGGACCUGGGAAGCAAACACAGCUUUGCCACUGUCACUCCGGGUGACGUGGGCCAGUGCCUUAUUUUCCCACCUGUGAAAUGAAAGGGCUGGACAAGAACCGUAAACGCUUCCGAGAUCCUGUUUCCUCUGACAGCUGAACGCAAGGGUAACCAGUCUGAGGGGCGCUUCCACCACGUCUACCUUGAGCUCCCGCCACCGGCACAAUCUGUGCCAUCAAAGUUGAGAUGGCCAAGAUGGGGAAGAGCAUUUGGCUCUAUACUGAACGGCUCCAAGCAUUGUCCUCAAAGCUCUUCCGGCCUUAGGAGAAUGUCCCUCAUCCAUAUCUGCAAUACCCAGUACGACGCUGGCUCCUCCUCAAGUCCAGCGUUCAAGCAUCUCCGUCAAGCCUGCCUGCCACGUGCAGGGGCAGGAGGCGCGCAGAGCCGUGCUGUCCAGUAGAAACAGGAUGUGAGCCACACGGGUAGUUUCACAUGUUCUAGUAGCCACAUUAAAAAAGGAAAAGGAAACAGGUGAAACUAAUUCUAAUAUGUUUUACCUCAAUAUAUCCAAAAUAUUAUCAUUUCAGCAUGUUAUCAGUAUAGGAAACUACUAAUGAGAUAUUUCACAUUCUUUUUACGCUAAGUCUUUGAAAUCUGCUGUGUAUUUCUCACAGCACAUCUCAAUUCAGAUGAUAAAUUUUCAUCAGAAAUAUCUGACCUCAAUUUAGACUUCAGAAAACUCAUAUUUGGAGAAGUCGAUUCAUAUACCCAAGUUGUCCCAAUUAUCUUGGAUAGUUUUCCAAUAACUGAGAUGAGUAGCAAUUUUUUAAUUAAUCAGAAGUAACUAAAAUGUAAACUUCAGUUUCCCCGUUGCACCAGGCACACGUGGUGAGUAGCCACUGUGUUAGACAGCACAGCCCUAGAACACUUCCCAUUAUCACAGGGAACUCUGUGCACAUUGCUCUAGGGUCAGACAGCCCUUUGACUGACCAUGGGGGUGACCUUGGGCAAGUCACUCAGCAAAUGGCAUCUACCUCACAGGGUUAUGGUGAGAAUUCAGUGUAUGCACGUAUGUACAUGCAUUCUCUCUCGUGCACAGCAACGAACUUGCAGCCCCUCCUGGAAGCUGGCACACUGGGAGCCCGAACGGUAGUCUCACCCCCAUGCCUUUGCUCGGAGUGCCCUCCUCUCUUCCUGCCGCUUUGCCACCAUCUCUGACUUGGUCCAGUCUGACAUCUCUGCUCUCUACGUGUCUCUGUUCCAAAUUCCCUCUGCCCUCAUGCCAAUGGGAAUCAUGCCUGAGAUCAAAUCUGAGAAAGCAAGACCCAGUUUUGUUUUCACGUGUUGCUGUCCAUUGUGGGGUGUGCUGAUUGUGUUUGUGUAGUUGUAUAUUGGCACUCUUGGGUGUCACGACUAUCUUUUAGAGUGGUUGCCUUUUAAAUUAUGACUUUUAAAGGGAUUGAAUUUUAGGCUCUGUAGAGGCAGCAAGUUGCUAGUGAGGCAUCUGUCUCUGGGAGCAUCCAAGCAGAAAAGACUAAGGCUCCCUUUUGGAUGGAUUGCUGGCUGCCAUCAGGGUGUAUCUACAAGGCACCUGCAGGCUGGAAGGCCCUUGAAGGCAGAAAUUCAAGGAAAAGUAUGGUGAAUCUUGGCGUUGCCAUCGCCAGAAGCAGAAGAGGCACAAAAGCCUCAUGACCUUAGCUGAGUUUCAUACUUGUCUGGAUAAUGAUGGAGAGACUUGUGUCCACUGAGGUAGGAAACCAUGAAGGCAGGUGAAUCAAGGGUGGGUUGGCCUGUGGUGCUUUUUGGAGGAGUGAAUAAAAAAGUAGAAAUUC